AUGCGGACGGAGGAGAACACUAGUAAGUUUCGUUUUUGUAUUGUUUUCAAUGUUUAGAGAUAACAAAAGGCUUUCGGACGGCCAUUAUUUAAUGUUUGGAAUGAGGUUUUUAUGAUAAUUUGACGAUGUGUCACGUGUGCGAGAUGUUUUUGGGGUUAAAAGGAGGGAAGACAUACAAAGAAGAUAGUAUAAUAAUGUGAAACGGAAGUUUUGAUAGCUGCGAUUGUCUAGUAUUGUUUAUGGAGGCAAAGAUAGUGUAGUUAAGGCUUAAGAAAGUAACAAUCUGACAAAAAACCAAAGAACAACAAUAUUUAAAUUAGUCUUUAAAAACUAACUAUAAUAAUGUCAAACAGAAAUAUUGCUAAUUUAAAUAGCCAAAAAACACGCAGAGAAACAAAGACAAUAUGAAGAAAUACCCAAAAAGCAAGUACAAUAUAAAGAAUUAACGUUAUUAAAUUUACUUUCCAAAUCUACCACAAUAUCUUUUAAUAUAAUUUCAAAUAAGAAGUGAGCAUCGACAGGGACGUCGUUUGGGGGAGGGGGUAAGGAGGGUACCCCCUCCCCCAGAGCCGAUCCGAAAAAAAUUCCACAGGUACCACCUACCUGUGGACGAAAAAAUUUUUUUCGACCUCCCCUCCCCCAGAGAAAAUCCGUAGCGACGUCCCUGAGCAUCGAUAAUGUUGGUUUAUUUGGAUUCAGCUAAGGUUUACUUGAAUCCAGCUAAUGUUUGUCUGAAUCCAGCUAAAACAAGAUUAUCGAUUUGCAGACUAUAAUAUAAAUUUAAACACGUUGUAAACAAUUAGUGGAAGCGAUGAUAAGUUUGUUCAAUAAACAGGAGUUAAGCUAAAAAUAAAACAAAUGUCUGCUAAAUGUUAUGGACUACGGUGAUAUACCGCUUCACCACGCUCACUCAUGGUAGGGUAACUUUUGGUAAAAUUAUAUUUUUAAGUAGUGUAAAUUGUGGUAAAAGUUAGGAAUAGGAUUUUUGGUAAAAUACGAAAAGUAAUGUUGGAUGAUAAUAUUAGUGAACACUGUAAUUGGCAGGUUUUAUGUGACUUCUUUAAAGACAAAGUCACAUUUAACCUGUCAUUUCAAAACAAAACAAAAUUUGUAUUCCACUCACCUAAAGAUGUGUAGUCUGGGUUGCUAUGUUACUUUGUAAACAAGUUUUUUUUGCUGCUUAACUAUAAUUUUAUUACCAAGAAAAUAACUGACAUUAUUUCUAAGAAAACGGCUAAUUUUAAUUUUUAAGAAGGGAAGAAUAACGACAAUUUAAGUUAUUUUUUAGAAUUGUUUUAUAUUGAGGAAGUAUAAAAACAAACUCAAGUUAUUUUUAUGAGGAUAACGAUACUUUGAAGGCCUUUUCAUGAAGGUACUUUUUUUAGAAAAAACUUUAGCCUAGCUAAACCUUAAAAAGACCAGUAGCUAUUUCAAAACAAACCAGAAUCCAACUGACAGUAAAAAAAUAUUUUUUUUUCUGGAGUUCCUGAGAUACAAUCAACUAAAACUGUUAAUUUUCUUGAAAUACUGUGGUACAGUCGAUCAUCGUUAUAAGAAACGAUAAAAAUGGCUAUAUUUUGUUUAUUAUGAGGAGAGUUGUCUAUAUGAAUUGUUCUAUAUGAAAUGUAAUGAUACGACGUUAUAUGGAACACUUCAUAUAACCGACUCUUCUUAUAGUAAACAAAAUAUAACCAUUUUUAUUGUUUCUUGUAACGAUGAUAGACUGUACUACAGGAUUUCAAGAAAAUUAACAGUUUUAGUUGACUGUCUCACAGGAACUCAGAAAAAGUAUUUUUUUACUGUCAGUAGAAUUCUGGUUUGUUUUAUCGUAACUACUGGCUUUUUAGAAUGUAGUCUAGCUAAAACGCUAUUACAAAGCUUUAGAUUACUCAAACUAUUGAUAUCUGCCUUUACUACGUAUAAAUCUUGUUCGUAGUACAUACUUAUGACUAAUAAAAUAUCAAAACAAUGUACUCGAGCCUGAUAAAAUAUCUAAAACACUAUUAAAAUUAAAAAGCCAAUGAAUUUUAAUAAAAAUAAUUGCGAAAACUUGUGAUAUAGGUACUUUUCCUUCCACGAAAAACGAAAAGAUAGAUUGGCCGUGAAUAAAAAAUGCUCGAAACACUUGUUCAAAACGAAAAUUUGGAAUUUGUAUCACGAAACUUGGGCUUAUUAUGUUACUUUUUUUGUGAUUUGAGCUUGAAUUCUUUAGGGGUAUUGUUGAAAAUGGCUAUUUUAUGAAAGGAGGGUUGAGGAAAAUGAUAUUUUGUUUAAAGGAACGUUGAAAAAGUGGCAUUUUUUGAGAAGAACGUUGAUGAAUAAGCUAUAAAUUGAUACUUUUUUGACACUUUUAGAUAUUUAUUGUGAUUUAGCUUAUGUUAACAUUGUUUUUUAUAUGAAAACCCUUAUGUUAACAUAACUUUUACUACCUUAUCAUAGAUUUCAAUUAAUUUUAUAUGUUAAUCUAGAUUUUUCUGCAGAAUUGCCUUCUGUCAGCGAAGAAACGCAAAUGGAAGAUGAUGCUGUUGGACCAUUGUUCGCAGAGGACGAACCAUUGGACCAAAAUAUGCAUGGACCACCACCACUAUUGGCACUACCGGCACCACCCAGCUAUUCACAGGCUACUGAGCCGGAGUUCUCGAAUUGUGAGUUUGGUACUUGUUAGGGGAGUAUGGUAUUAAGACAAUGGAUGUUCUAGAUGAAGUGGGGAUGUUAAUUAAGUAGAGUGAUACUAGCUUGAAUGUUUGUGUUACUAAAAUACAUUUAGUACUAGUAGAAUAUAGCAUAGUAGUAACCCCUUUCCUACUAUUAUGCUUUGGAUAUAACUUUUGACAUCAUCAUCUUUAAUGUCUACGAAUUGAAGAUGGUACUGUCGUACCUUAUAUUUUGUAAAGAUAUUAUGUAUAUUCUACUGAAUUUACUUUGUAAUUAAUAUUUUUGUAGCUGUAGCAUACGAUAACCAGAAUGAAGAUGAGAACGGUCACCGAUAUGUUGGUUUAGUCAAUCAAGCAAUGACCUGCUACUUAAAUUCACUUAUUCAAACACUUUACAUGACUCCCGAGUUCAGAAACAUUAUUUACAGGUAUGUCACGGUCUUUUCAUUUUUCAGUAUUUUUUAAAAUUUAAAUAAAUUUUUUAAAAUUUUAUUUUUAGGCAAUAAUCAGGUGUUUUACUUUAUUUUUAGUUAAAUACUAGCUUUUGUUAGAUAUUAUGCUAUUUUAUCAUAAGGUAAUGUUUUUCUUUCAGAGUGGAACGCAAACCCAGCCCAAGAGAUAUAGCGUUCCAACUGCAAAAACUAUUUUUGCAACUACAAACUAGCGAAAAACUAACAUUGGAGACGGUGGAUUUGACUCAAUCAUUCGGUUGGGAAAAUGAAGGUAAUUCUUUGCUUUUUGUUGUGAUUUUAGGUAUCAAAGCUUCGAAUUGGAUGAUCGUAGUAUUAAAGGUGCGAAAUGGCUGAUAAUCUAUCAAAACUGCAAAAUGACUGGUUAUAGUAUAAAAGCUUCGAAACGGCUGAUCAUAUUCUGUUUUAAGAUAGCUCUAAUCAAAUACUUUUAGUAUACGACCAGCACGAUGUUCAAGAACUCCUAGGCUUAAUGAUCGACGCGCUGGAGAAGCGCUGGGCUAAUUCACCUCUAAAAGGCUCAAUAGAGACGUUGUUUAAAGGAGAAGUGAUUGACUAUGUGAAGUGUAUGAAUUGUAAAACAGUAAAAUCGAGGAACGACAUCUUUCUGGAUCUUCCUUUGGCCGUUAGAGAGGAUGGUGCUGUUGAAAGUCAUAAGAAUUUGGUAAGAAAAUUAAGUUUUUAUGGGAUUUUGAGGUUUUUAGGUAUAGACGGGGGAAGAAUGGUGAUAUUUUUGAAUUUUAAGGGUUAUGGAAGGAUAAAAUGACAUUUUUUUGAAAUUUUUAAAAUUUUAAAAUUAAAAAAAAUUUUUGAUUUUAAGCUUUUUUAGUUUAUAUCAUUAUGUAAACAUGAAAAAGAUUUUUAGCACUAUAUAAACAUAAAAUAGCUCUAGAGCACUAUAAAAAAAUGAAAAUUCAAGUUAAAUCAAUCUUUUUUCAGCAAGAAGCAAUGAAAGGCUUUAUCAAACCAGAGCUUUUGAAUGGCAACAACCAGUACAAAUGCGAGAAGUGCGACUCACUUCAGGACGCACAAAAAGGUCUUGGAAUCACGAAGUUUCCGUACAUGUUGGUGGUACAACUAAAACGGUUCAGUUUCGAUUAUAAUACGAUGCAUCGGAUCAAGUUGAACGAUCGGUAAGGGAGUUUUGAUGUUUUUUUUUUUGUCAUUCCUUAAGGGAGGGCGGGGGUGGGCUAAUAUUUUUUUGAAGGUUUUUUGAUCAUUUUACGGGGAGGGGGCCAAAUGUUGAUUUUUUUAAUACCAUGGGGUUAACAAAGACAUGUCGUCAAUUUGCAUUGUUUUGCAGGGUGAAAAACGACAAGACUUUUUUAUUAUUAGUAUUUUAACACGAGGGAAGGUAUAGUGUACAGAGCGCAUGGAUACACAUUUUUAGGGGCAUUUUGAGAGAGGGCGGGGUAGAAUAAAAGCUUUUUUUCAUAGCAGUGACGUAGCUAGGGAGGGGAGUAAGGUGAUUAAGCGUGAUUUUAAAUUCCCUUACCUUUCCUCAUGUAUAGCUAAAAUCUGUACAGUAGCUCUGUUCCUAAUUGGGAGAAGAUAUUUUUGAUUUUUUUUGCUAAAAAAAAGUUUUUUUUUAGUUUUUUGAAAAUAUCUGUUUUGUUACCUAAAACAAUAUAAUUCAUUUUAGUGUUACAUUCCCCGACUAUCUCGACCUUAACGACUACCUUUAUAAGCCGCCGGAAGAAAAGCCGAAAAUGUCGUGGGCUAGUGUAGCCAAGAAGCGACCAUCCCCAGUACCAACCGAACCCGAAAUCAAACCCGAAGGUGAUUGGUUCAACAUUCUUCCGGAUUCGGAAGACGUAGAGAAGAUGCUGGAAAAAGGUCCCAAUGUCUACGAAUUGUUUUCGGUCAUGGUUCAUCAAGGGUCGGCAACGGGAGGACAUUACUACGCUUAUAUCAAGUAGGUAUUAGGGCGCCUUGUUGUUAUAUUUUUAUCGUUAAGGGAUUUAUGGCACUUUUCUUGAUUUUAUUAUAUUUGUAUUAUAUUUAGGGUAAGGCAGUGACAGAGCAGUUUUAACUUUUGGGCGGGGUAAAAAAAUUUUUUAAGCGGUGGAUUUUUUGAAUAUUUUUUGUCUUUAAAUCACAAUAUCGUUGUAUUACACUAGAUAAGUUACUAUUUUUUAUUUUCAGAAAUCUAGACCAACAUAAAUGGAUGUGUUUCAACGACUCAAACGUCAACUUUGCUUCGCAUCAAGAAGUCCAACGCACAUUCGGCGGUUCCUUUAGCUAUGGCGGCAUGAACAACUCCAACGCCUAUCUUCUCAUGUACAGGCGAAUCGAGAAACGCAACGAACACUUUAUCAGCACCCCCGAUCUACCACCUCACAUAAAGAACAUCAAGGAACAAAUGGAAAGAGAAGAACGGGAAAAAGAAGAACGACGGGCCCUAGAGAAGUCCAUGGUAAAGGUGAAUGUGCUCUGUAACGACUUCCACUACAUUCAUACCGAGCCAAAGGAUGUCAUGAUUCACAAAGAGACGUCUUUCGAGGAUAUCAAGAAGAAAUUGCUGGAUUUGUACCCGGAUUUGACUAGAGACAGCCGAUUGGUCGAGUGCAAGCCGGAUUUCGCCAUGAUCAAGGAGUUGGACAAGGAAAUUGAGGGGAAACCGGUAAGAUUGUGAGGUGAUUGAAGAGGAAAUGGAUAGGAAAGAGGAGAGGAAGAAAGUUGGUAUAAGUUUGCGGUUUUGGGCCAUUUUUGGGGCUGAAAGGUAUAUUGUAGUAGGUCAAAAUCGAAGUUUAGAAAAAAAAUUAUUUUGCUUUAUAAAAGGCGUUUUUAAGGUUAUCAUAGGGCAGAAAGGUAUGUUAUAGUAGGUAAAAAUGGAAGUUUUAGAAAAGUUUUUUAUUUUCAAAUUUUAAAUAAAAAUUAAAUAAGAUUUUAAAAACUGCUAUUUUCAGCCUUUAUACCACCUAAAACCAGCUAGCCGUUGGGGUUCAUGCCCAGCCGAAUGCUACAUUAUGGUCGAUUCUCUGGAGCGAGCCCACUUUUACGAAAUCCCACCAAACUCUCAAACGGCCGAUGUGUGGCUGAUCGACCUCGAACAACGUGCCGUCUACCCCGUGAAACGUGUAGCCUUCGAUCCGGAAGCCACGAUCGAAGAGAUCCGAGGCCAUUUGUGUGCCAUUGAACGAAUAGGCCAAGCUGACCCGGUGAACCUGCGAAUUAUUUAUAGUCAGAAUCAUGACGACACUAAUAUCAAGUUGUUGGAUCAAGCUAAUACUCCGUUUAAUAAGUUGACACGGCAGUACAGGACGAAUCCGCAGGUAAGUGCGAUGGGAGGGAAGAGGGAGGCAGAUAGGAAGGGCAGCUUAUGCGAUGAAUUUUGGGUUCGAAGUUAGGGGUUUUGGGCUAUUUUUAGAAGAAACUGGUCUAUUGUAGUUGGUUAAACUAAGUUUUUUUUUUAAUUUUGAAGGCUGGUUGAAAUCCAAGGGUUUUUGACUAUUUUAGAACGGAAAAUGAUAUUAAAAUAGGUCGAAAUUAAAUUUUUAGGCAAUAAAUUUUUAUUUUUCAGUUGUACGUUGAUGUAGGCCCAACACAGAGCCUGAAAAACGACCGUGCUCGACCGUUCGCAAAGUCGGAAAUGUUGAAAAUAAUGGAGAAUCACUUAUAUCAAAUUCCACUUCUACUUCACCUACCUUCUUUGAGUAGGUUUUGAUGGAAAAACCAUUUUAGCUUUAAAAAAAGAAUUUAUGUUGUAGGACAAGCAUUAUAUGUGAAUAUUUAAAACUUUUUUGAAUGAAAAGCAGUUUUAAGGAUUUUUAAUGUUUUGUCGUCGAUUUCUAUGUAUUUGUACAGUGAAAAAUUACAAGACUUUUUUACUUUAGUAAAUGGAAUUCUUUGUUAUUUAAUGGAACCUAAAUGAUUUUAAAACUAAUUUCUUGCCAUUUCAGAUGACUACUGUCGCCUCGGAGUGUUCCCACCAAUAAUGUGCAGGAACGGCGCCCGCUCACCAAUCGCUUCACCGUUCGCAAUCCAACGUGGCGAUGGAAAACCCUUCUCGGUGUCAGACCUAAAUGAAGAUACAAACUCAUCCUCGACUCCAUGCCCUUCAGUAAUCAACGAAGCCGCCGACAAUGAUGUUUUCACUAACUGGGAUGCUACAGUACCGACGGAUACUCGCGAUACACCAAAUGUUAGCUUCCUGGAAGGGUCAACGUUGAAGAGUGAAGUACAAGGAUCGUCAUCAUCGACUCCACUAUCAGCUUCCUCGACUUACUCAUCGGCUCCGAGUAACAACGAUGAUAAGAGGAACUCGCUGGAAAUGGCUGACGAGGCGGUUUGCUCGAAGAGCUUGGGUAAGAUGAGGGUGAUGAUGGGUUUGAGGGGCUUUUGGGGUUUGAAGACGGAUUUUGAUAAUUUUAAGGCGGUUUUUGAGUUUGUAUAGCGGUUUUUUUUUAUUUUUUGUAAAUUUAAAUAUUGUUUUUAAGCCAAAUAACAUAUUUCACCACAACAAAAAUUUUGAAUUUCAGAGCUAAAAGACACGGUAAUCCCGGAAGACACGGAAUUCUUGCUAGGCGAUUCAGAAACCCAAUCCCAGUCGGCAUCAGUACCACCAUCAUACGACAGCUGGGACCACCAACCACCGGAAGUCAGCAUAACAGACGCUUAUGCCUACGACUACGGCUUACCAUCGUACGAAGAAGCGGUUGGAAUUCCAUUAACGGCCGAAAACCUAAAACAGUAUAACCUAGAGGAGAGUGACGACGACGCUUCACUAAAAGGCCAGUGUAAUGCCAGAGGGUCGGACGCGUCAUGGUCGGAUGAAAUCAUCUCAUCACCACCAUCGUAUCAACAGAUUGAUGAUCUACCCACGGACAUACCUACGUCAUCGGGUGAAGGUGGAUUUGUGAAGAACGGCAAUAGUGAGGUGGAGAGGAUGAUUGAGGUGAAGAGUAAGAGGUUCGAUGCUAAUGGUGCUACUUGUAAGUUUGGAAGGAGAGGGUGGGUAGGAGGUUGUGUGGUGAUGACUUAGGGUAGAGUAGAGCUCUCUGUAUUAAGUCGUUUAACUAAUUCUGUGCUUUCAAGAGUUUAUUUUCUAUUUUUCAGUACUCCAACUCAAUGUCGACAAAAGAAUGCCGGUAUGCCAGUUGCAAGAUUGGGUAUCACAUCAAAUCAAACUCCCCUCGAACCAAGUCGAGUUCUGGAAGUACACGGCCGAAGACGCGUGUGGCUACGUAAUACGACCGAACCAAAGCGACCUAGUCCGCGACGUGAUGCGAGAUCUACAUCGAGUCGAAGUACGACCACGACUAAUGCCACGACAAGGCGAAAUCGUCCUCAACAUUCAUCAAUAUAUCACGGGCGAGCCCAACAUUGACAAACGACAAGUCCUAUUCGAUGUCACCUACGAUAAAACAUCACCGGUCGAACAUUUGCUGAUGAAGUGUCAGGCGCUGUUGAAGGAAGUCUACUCGGAAGAGUAUACCCUAAGGCAGUUGAAGCUACGAGUAUUGGCCGACGAUUGUGCACCAGUCCUACCCAACUCAUACCCGGUUUCGUUGGAUAAGAAGCUGUUUCUACAGGUUUUGGAUGGUAGGGUUUUUGGAGUUUUGAAGGGCGUGGUGUAGAGAAGGGGAGGGGGUAAAAAAAUUUUUUUGAAAAUGACAAAAAAAUUUUAAAAGAAAUUUUGAAUAUUUGGGUUGUGGUGGUUAUGUUUUUCUGCUUUUUUUGAAAGGCGGGGAGACGAAAGGGGGGAGGGCUAAAAAAAUUUUUUUCAAAAUUGAAAUUUUUUGAAAUUUAAAUUGGAAUUGAAGCUUUUCGGAAUUUUUUUUAUUUCUGCCAUUUUCAGACAAAAAAAUCCUAACUCAACUGGAAGAAGCGUCGCCCGAAGAACUGGAAUGCACAAUUGUCAUAAUGGUCCAACGAUGGUGUCCUGAAACUUUCGAAACCCUCCCAAUGUUCGAAGUUUACAUCCCAUUGGAAGAACCCCAACUGUUCGUCAAGAACUUGAGGUACAAGAUUGCGGAACGAACGGGAAUACCGGUGGAAAGGGUCGAAUUCUCAAAAAUAUUUCCCGCCAAAGACGACCAUUGUGCUCGAUACCCGUUCUCGAAGCCGAUCAGUGAGCUAAUAGAGACGGUGGAGUUCGGAGAGGACUUGGAUCUGGAGAAUAUCAAUGGCAAAUUGGUCUAUGUUCGGUAAGAAAGGGAUAGAAGUUGGGGUUUUGAGCUAGGGUGUGGUAUGAAAGUUUUGCGUUUUUGAGUUGCGGUAUGGUAUGAGUUUAGGGUUUGAGCUAGGGUGUGGAUAUGGAGCUUGAUUAAUCCAAUUGUGGGCGUGGGUUUGAAGGGAGGAGUGAGUUUGAGCUCAAGGGAGGUGAGCCGAAGGCGUGAGAUGGAGUUCUGGGGGGGGUUAUGAGGGAAGGCAGUUAGGUUUAAAAACAUUUUGAUUUGGGAGGGGAAAAUUUUGUAACUAGAUUUUUUUGCUUGGAGUGAGCUAAUUGGUAACAUUCUUUAGUUAGUCAUUACUUUAUUCUGCUUUACCCUGCUCUACCUUAUCCUUCUCUAUUAUACUGCCUUACUUUUUUCGACUCCCUAGCUUACUUUACUUUCUAACUCACUAAACUCUACCCUGCUUUACUUUACUCUACUUUACUAUAUCAUACCUUGCUUUGUUCUACUUUUCCUUACUCUACUCUACCCAACCGUGCCUUAAUUGUCCAUACCAUACUUUGCUCUUACCUAGUCUUUGCAUACCCUACUCUGCUUUAUCAAAUUCUGUUCUACUCUAAUCUACUCUGUCUUACCCGGUUUUGUCUUUCGCUAUCUUUCUUAUCCUUUUUGUGUUCUACUCUGUAUUAUCAAACUCUGCUCUGAUCUACUUUAAUAUACUAUUCUCAGCAUUUUCUUUUGGUCGCAAUCUUCUCACCUCAAACAUUAUUUAACAAUUUAUAUAGAUUUAUACAUAAUACAAAACAUUUAAAAUUUGAAUUUCAGUGAUUCGCAAGAAGAGCGCAAAGUCCCAACCGAAGACGAGAAGCGCGUCAUCCGCAACAAGGACCAACGCCGCCUCCAAAAGGAAACCGCCAACACGUUCCGCCGCAUGGAACGACCGCUCCGCAUCCAAGUCGCUAGCAUCUCCGAAAGUGAACCCUAA